AUGUCACCGCACAUGGAUUACUUCUACCAGCACGAACAGCGGGCCUCAGCGCUGGGUUUGACCGGGGAGGACGCUCUGGAUCCCGGGGCGAUCAGUUGUAUGCUCGUGGGAGACCCAGCCGUGGGGAAGACCAGCAUGGUGGUCAGCUACACGUCCAAUGGGUAUCCCGCGGAAUAUCUGCAGACAGGGUUCGAUGUUUUCUCUGGGCAGGUCCAGGUGGAAGGGUCCCCAGUCAAAGUGCAGCUCCUGGACACAGCUGGACAGGAAGAGUUCGACGAGUUCCGGGCUCUUUCCUACGGCCAAACGGACGUCUUCCUGCUCUGCUUCAGCGUGGUCAACCCCACAUCCUUCCAUAACAUCACCAAGAAGUGGAUCCCAGAGAUCCGCGCACACAACCCGUCUGCGCCCAUUGUCCUGGUGGGCACCCAGUCGGACUUACUGCUGGACGUCAACGUCUUGAUCAACCUGGACAGCUCCAAUGUUAGCCCCAUCGUGAAGAACAGAGCCAAAAGCAUGGCGGAGAAAAUCAGGGCUGCGGACUACGUAGAAUGCUCCUCACUCACACAGAAGAACCUGAAGGAGGCUUUCGAUGCUGCCAUUUUUGCCGCCAUCAAAAGCAAAACGCGGAAAGGCAAAAAGAGGAGGUUCUCAGACCGACGCACCAAAGCCUUCUCCAGUUGCAGCUGGAAGAAGUUCUUCUGUUUCAUUUGA